CUAGAUACGGAAGAAAUUCUAAUCGACAAUGAAUCUGAAUUUAAAGGUGAGGUAGAAGAACUACUUGCGCGAAGGGGCGUCAUGCUCAGACAUACGGCACCCCACGUGUCCCAGUCAAACGGCUUGGCCGAAAAUGCCAACCGUAUGAUCAAGACCGCCCUUCGCAGGAACUUAGCGGCCCACGACACGCGUCCUUGGCCCGAGAUCGUAUAUCUGAUCGUCGGGAUCCACCGGGCCACCCCUCACGAGUCUAUGGGGUUUACCCCCUUUCAGCUUCGAACCAAUAGCCUCCCCUAUGUCGAUUACCGGGAUAACUCGAAAAUUGCCGAAGCAGGGGGUAGAGACACGCGUGCGGCUCUCAAGGCCAAGGCCAAAAGGUACGCCGAUUUAAUGGAACGGGCCGUUCCGAAGCUAGCCCGAAAAAGGGAAAGGAUGACCGAACUGGCUUACGGUAGGCAGGUCCAUAGCUACGAGGCUCGGAAUGGAAAUGCUGGGCCCCAGUACCAAUAUAAAUUAGGGGACCUAGAGCAGAUACGUAAAUGUGCACGUGACCGGAAACUCGCUCCCAAGUUCUCUGGCUGUUUUCGCGUCGUCGAGCUCGGACCCAACGGUGCCAACACGCCGGGGCGCCGCCAACUGAUUGCCCAAGAGCUCAUCGCACCGAUCGUGCAAUUGGCGGACGAUCUCUCGCCCGACGUCUACUCACAGAGUGACGACAGUCCUGCUCCGUACAUUUUCGAACGAUCAUUGGAUCCGUACAUUCAGUGGACCGCGUGCUUGGAGGAACCCAGGGACGAGGAUACGCUACCAUCACGGCAGGAGUAUCUGAAGCCGUAUGAUAUCAUCCCUCACGCCUUCUAUCCGAGGGCAGAGGAAGUGGUGAUCGACGACGACGACGACGACGAAGAGGACGAAGACGAGGAAACCUCGGAGGAGGGAAACUAUAGUGAACAUAGCGAGGGUGAGCUGAGCGAAGAAGAAGAGGAGGAAGAAGAAGCCGGAUCUGAGUGGGAAGCCCCGCCGGAGGAAGCGACGCGUACGGAAACGGAGGCAGAAGAUCCGGAAGCGGCGCGAAGGCGCGAGGAAAUUGCCAUCGGGAAGCGACAACUGGAGUUCGCCAGCGGGGCCAGCCUGCGCAUCGGCAACGAUCCGACCAGGGAUCCGGAGCCACCAAGGCCCGAAGAUGGCGGACCUGCGGCCGCCACCUCAAGUACCGCGCGACGGAGAAGAAGCAGAUCCUCCUCCUCCUCAAACCCCACCUGUCCCCCAGUUCGUCCACGUACCGAUGCGGGCGACAGGCCUUCGUCCUCGCACGCUGUCCCGCCGACCCCUUGAUUUCCUCACCCUCGAGCAGAUCCGUACCCCUGUC